AUGUCUACUUCUACAACUGAGCACGAUGCAUAUUUAGUCAAAAACUGGGACACAGAGACACUUAUCCUUUAUCUAUAUGAUUUCACGCAAGCAGGUUUGGAAUUGGGGCCGGCAAUGAGACUCGCAAAAGAAGCCAAUGCCCUUAAAGCCACCACGCCGCGCCGAAGCGGUUAUUCUCAUCGUACCGCAGUUUGA